AUGGACGUGAGCCCUCUGAGGCCCCAGAACUAUCUUUUCGGUUGUGAACUAAAGGCUGACAAAGAUGAUCACUUUAAGGUGGAUAAUGAUGAAAACGAGCACCAAUUAUCUUUACGAACGGUCAGCUUAGGGGCUGGUGCAAAGGAUGAACUGCACAUUGUUGAAGCAGAGGCAAUGAAUUAUGAAGGCAGUCCAAUUAAAGUAACACUGGCAACUCUGAAAAUGUCUGUACAGCCCACGGUUUCCCUUGGUGACUUUGAAAUAACACCUCCUGUGGUCUUACGGUUGAAGUGUGGUUCAGGGCCUGUGCAUGUUAGUGGACAGCACUUAGUGGCUGUGGAGGAAGAUGCGGAGUCAGAAGAUGAAGAGGAGGAUGUGAAACUCUUAAGUAUGUCGGGAAGUGGUAGCAAGUUUCCACAGAAAAAAGUAAAACUUGCUGCUGAUGAAGAUGAGGAUGAUGAUGAGGAUGAUGACGACGAUGAUGAUGAUGAUUUUGACGAUGAGGAAGCUGAAGAAAAAGCUCCAGUAAAGAAAUCUAUACGAGAUAUUCCAGGCAAAAAUGCACAAAAAUCAAACCAGAAUGGAAAAGACUCAAAACCAUCAACACCAAGAUCAAAAGGUCAAGAAUCCUUCAAAAAACAGGACAAAAUCUCCCCAAACACCGAAGGGACCUAGUUCUGUAGAAGACAUUAAAGCAAAAAUGCAAGCAAGUAUAGAAAAGGGUGGUUCUCUUCCCAAAGUGGAAGCCAAG